AUGGGCUGGCCAGGUGUGGGGGCUCUCGCUGCAACCGCGGGAUAUUUCUUCUCUCGCAGUCAACCUAACGCUGACAGCAAGACCCCGGAUUCAACCUCCUCCGCCCCGCCGGACUCCAGGUCCGAGCCGCCUGCACCUUCCACCGAUGAACGUUCUCCGGAGAGACAUGACGCAGGUGUCCCGACAUCUCCGCCCCUAGACUAUGAGGAGGGUAGCUCUCAAAUUACCCCCAAGGCAUCCGCAUCAAGUCCGCCGCCACCGAUCCUCGCCGUCCCUACGCUAAGUCUGAACGGUGACUCAGGUGACAACGAUAACGCUACUGGCGUCGCAAGAGACUCAUCAGGCCAGGCCAACGUGAACGGCUCGGGACAAAAGUCAUCACUGACAACCUGCAACGAUGCUCCCGCUCAGACUAGGGUGCAACCCCCGUCUCUCGCGGCGACUUCGUCGCGACAGCGGCCGACGCCCCCCAACACGACCAGCUCGCCUUCCCUAACAAUGCCACCUCCCCCAAUCCCACGCCCCCGACCAAAUCCACAACCAAACAGAGCACCCCCAACCCUCCAACCGCCUCGAUCAAGCGCUAGCUCCCUUCGCACACCCCCUCCGCCGCCGCAAGCCUCCGCCAGCACCCUCGCCCCAACCGCAGUCAAGAAACAACCAUCCCGCAAAGUGAUCCUCGAGCCAGGAUACUCGCCCCUGGACUGGGCCGCGCGCGCCGCAAACCCAAACAACCAACUCCGCGGCGUGGGCCUACCCCCGGGUCUCCUGCGGGUGACGCCCUCAAUGCUGAAGACGCAGCAUGGGCGCAAGGGCCGGGAUGCGUGGACGUCGUAUCAGGGCAAGGUUUACAAUAUCUUGCCGUAUGCGCCGUAUCAUCCCGGUGGGAAGGGGGAGUUGCUGCGGGGCGCGGGGAAGGACUCGGCGCAGUUGUUCGCGGAGAUUCAUCCGUGGGUGAAUUGGGAUGGGAUUUUGGGGGAGUGUUUGGUUGGGAUUUUGGUUUCAGAGAAUGACGUUCAGGCGGAGAAUGGAUUGGAUGCGAUGGAUUGA